CGUGCAGGUCUAUGCUUAGUUGGUCAACUCAGUCCAAGCUUCAGGAUGAGACUCCACCCCUUUACGAGCAUCGGACACCUCCAGCACAACAAAGCAUGUGUCGCUCCGCAACAUUGUUUGUCCUCUGAACGUGCGGAAUAUAGGAUUUUUGUCGGAUUUUGUGCUGUUUGCUUCCACAUUGAUGCUAAUCCUAGAGUAGUGGCUACCAUGACAACAGAGGCAAGUGCAGUGAGCGAGGCGGACACAGAGGGCAAGCAGAAGGCCAGUGGCGCCGAGCCCGAACACGAACCAGAGAACAAGCAGAAGCCAGAGGCGGCAGCAGCGGAGCCGGAGGGGGAGCAGUCGAGCAAGAAGGCCCAGGAGCAGUCCUCUGAGCCUGGGCCUGCCGACGUAGCUACCUCCCCUGAGGAGGAGCAGUUGAAGCCUCGUACCCGGACCUCUGCUGGCAAAGGCCUGUCUCGCCUCUUCUCCUCUUUCCUCAAACGCCGCUCACAGUGCUCCGAGGAGGGGUUUGACGCAGAGAAAGCCAGGGAAGAAACGGCAGACAAAGAAGAAAAAGCUGACAAGGCAGAAGAGGAGGAAGAGGUGAAAAGUGAAGAAAAGGAGGCUAAAGUAGAAGCGGAAAAAUCAGAGGUAAAAGAAGUGGAAGAGAAGGAAGAGAAGGAAGAAAAAGAACAAAAAGAGGUUAAAGAGGGAGAAAAGGUUGAGAAGAGGGGCAGUAAAAAGAAAAAAAAAGAAGCCAAGAAGAAAUUAGAGAAAAAGGAUGAAGGGAAAGUGAAAAACGACGAGGUGAAAAAUAAAGAGGAGCAAAAGGAGGAGGAGAAAGCACAGCAGACUGUAGAAAAAGAGGAAAAAUUGGAGACAAAAGAAAAUGAAAAGAAAGCGACUGCUGAAGUUAAAGACAAAGUGGUAGAAGCUGAGGAAGAAGACCGAGUUAAGAAGAGAGAAGAAGAGAAAGCAAAGAAGAAAGAGGAAGAAAAGGCAAAAGAGGCUGAAAAAUUAAAGAAGAAAGAAGAGGAAAAGACCAAGAAGAAAGAAGAGGAGAAACCAAAAGAGGAGUCAAAAAAGAAAGAGGACAAGGCGAAAGAAGAGGUAAAGAAGAUAGAGAAGGAGGAAAAGACAGAAGAGAAGCAAAACAAGGAAGAGGAAAAAGGGAAGAAAAAAGAGAAGGGGAAGAACAAAGGGAAGAAGGAGGAGAAAGGGCCGAGUGAGGAGCAGGUGAAAGCACCGAUUGCAGCUCCAGAGCCUGAGCUUAAAACUGAGCCAGACACUGAGCAGGCUCCUGAUCAGCACUCGAUAAGCAGCGCAGAGACACAGCUUGCUCAGCGAAAGUAA